GCGGUGUACACACGCGCACUGGCGACACGCUGUCAGCGAGGCCGCCGCGGACUGGCCGGAAAAAGCGCGACACGACCGAUCGAUGCGCUCGGCCACGCUCAGGAGAGAGAUGAACACAUAUUGCGCAUGUAGGCGCGUCUUGCGGAAGAAAAAUUUCACAGCUGAUAACCAAAUAGUUUCGCAUGCCACCGCAAGGAGGCGCUUAAGCCAAAACAACGCGUGACAUUUCACUUCUGUCAAGUGUCAAACCGGCUUUGCAGUUGGCCGUACCGCUUGUGAAAUUAAUUAGAUUUCCACAAUAAAACUUUAGAAUACCGGUGUUUUUUAAGUGAAUAUAUACAAAAUGACGUUCAACUCUAUUACCAAAAGUUUAAGGACACUGAGUUAUGUGGGGGGCUACAAAAAGAUCAGAGACCGACCGUACAGAUUGUACUGUGCUGCAAUAGUGGGCACUGGCUUUGUAGCUUACCAUCAGCUGAAAAAGAACAAAGCAGAAAUGAAGGAAAUAAUGCAAUUAAAGAGCUACAUGGCUGAACCCAUCACACCCGUAAAGCAGUUGGAGAAAAACCAAAAAGAUAUGAAGACUCAGAUGGAACUGCUCAUCAUGAGAAUACAGGCGGAGUUCUGUAGGGCCUUGGAAAAAGAGGAGGAUGAGGCUUGGGAAGAUGAUAAAACAGCGGACCAAUAUGAUUAUGAGAAAGAUAUUUUCAUGAUGCAACCGGAAGCCAAAUUCAAAGUCGAUCGCUGGCUUCGUAAGGACGGUGGUGGCGGCAUCACGUGCGUGCUGCAGGACGGCCGCGUCUUCGAGAAGGCUGGUGUCAACAUAUCCGUCGUCUCUGGAACACUGCCACAAGCUGCUGUGCAGCAAAUGAGGAGCAGAGGUAAGAACCUGCAGAACUCAGACCUGCCUUUCUUCGCGGCCGGCGUGAGCGCCGUCAUCCACCCGCGCAACCCCAUGGUGCCCACCAUACACUUCAACUACAGAUACUUCGAAGUCAAAGAUAAAGACGGUGUCCAGUGGUGGUUCGGCGGCGGCACCGACCUGACCCCGUAUUACCUAAACGAAGAAGACGCCGAACAUUUCCACCUCACGCUGAAGGAGGCCUGCGAUGAACAUGACAAAUCCUAUUAUGAAAAAUAUAAGAAAUGGUGUGACGAUUAUUUCUCUAUCCCGCACCGGGGCGAGCGGCGCGGCCUCGGUGGCAUCUUCUUUGAUGACCUGGACACGCCUGACCAGCAGUCCGCCUUCAAGUUCGUCACAUCUUGUGCGGAAGCCGUCAUACCUAGUUAUCUGCCUAUUGUUAAAAAGCAUAAGGAAGACGGGUACGGCUACCGCGAGAGGCAGUGGCAGCUGCUGCGGCGCGGGCGCUACGUGGAGUUCAACCUCAUGUACGACCGCGGCACCAAGUUCGGGCUGCACACGCCCGAGGCGCGCUACGAGUCCAUCCUUAUGUCGCUGCCGCUUAACGCUAAAUGGGAGUACAUGCAUGUUCCGAAAGAGGAUUCCCCGGAGGAGAAGUUACUCAAAGUUCUUCGGGAGCCCCUGGACUGGGUCAAACUGCAUAAAGAGAAGCAGAGCCGAGCUACCACAUGAAAAGUCAUAUCACUUCGGUUGUGGGGUCAGAGUUAACUAAAUAUUAUGUUAUUAUACACUCGUUAUUUUUAGAUGGUGUUCGAUUAUACUUUUUUUAAUAAUGUU